AUGCGAUACGCGAUUGGAUACUGCGAAGUCAAGACCUGUGAUACCGAGAACAACGUUGAAAGCAUCCACAUGAACCUCUUUCGAUUAGCAAAUUUCUGCAAAAAUUCCAUUGAUAAAGGUUAUAUCAAGGCGUUGAUGGCAAUUCAAGUCGUAGAAUCAGUAGGCCAUUAUGUUAUGUUUGAACUAGGACGAUUGGAUAUUCCGUUGACAUAUGAAGGUUUGCCGCAAUUUAUCAUGAAAUUGGACUUUUUGAAAAAACUCUGUACAACCUACAUGGCCAAUUGUAUCGAAAGGACUGAAAACAACAGCUCAAUGGAUCAUAGUCAAAGUCAAAACCAAAAUGGUGUUGACAGCUAACUUGGUCGUUGUUGACCUGAUCCACUUUCGCCAGCAUGACCCACUUUGCGGAGUUGACCCAUAUUGAGAUUGGUAACCCAUGUUUCAACUAACCUCACCCAACCUAACUUUCUCGACUGUAGUUCAGUGGGCGUUCUGUGUCACUUUACUUUUUUUCAAUAUCAAAAAAGUCACAAAAAAAAAGCAAGGUAUAAGUUCUAUUUAAAGUUUUCCCCAAACAUAUCUUUUUUUUUUAUUUUCAACUGUUUUUAUAC